GUUACACGGGAGAGGGGCGGGGGACGGUUUUUGAGUGAGGUGAAAUGGAGGCCGGUGUCUGCAGUGUGGCUCGGGGUGAGGGGCUCGGAGGCCUGCCUCUCGGGGAUGAUUUUUCCCAGAUGGUGGAGGUGGCGAAUGGCUGGAUGAUGGAUUUCAUGUAUUACUGUUUGUGCCGGUAUUUUGGGGCAGGGAUGCACGACGAAUUCAGGAUGUUGAGGGACGCCAUGAACGGUUUUGUUCAGCACCCGUCCAUUAUAGAGACCAAACAAACAAAGAAGGUGCAUAUCUGCCAAAUCCUGUCCCGAAUUGUUGAAGGGAAAAAUCUUGAUGUCCAAUUUGAUGAAGAUGAAAGUAUAACUCCAUUGGAAUCUGCAUUAUUGGUUUUGAUUGAAAUGGCAGAUAGCAAGGAGCUAAAGAAAGAUGUGCUAUAUUCAGACCUAAAACAGCUGCUUCAAAUUCAGAGUGUGGCAGUCUGUAUGGAAAAGGGAGAUUUCAAGAGAGCUUCUGAAGUUCUGGAACGACAAUUUCAAGAAAAUGUGGCCUCUGAAUCAGACCAGCCUUUAAAAAGGAAGCUGUCCUUGAUUAUCAGUAAGAAAGAUCCAUGCCAUAAAUUCCUUAACAACUUUAGCAACAAACGAUUAGUGGACAAUGCUGAGUCUCUUGCAAACAGAAUACUAAAUGAGAAAGAAUCAAACUUCCUAAUUCAAGCAGCAACCAAAGUGGUGCAGUCUAGAAAGAAAAGAGAUACAGACCUGGACAGUUCUGAAGAUGAGGGUAAUUGUGAACACCAACAUGGAAAAAGCAGUGGAGAUUCAUCAAGUGGAGAAGCAGAUGCAGAGUUGAAUAACAUAAAAACAAGUGCACAAAGAUCUAAAAGGCAGCUUUACAGUUCUAUUGAGCAUCAAGUUUGGAAACCGAUAAAGUCUGAAACAGUCAAAGAUUUUGCAGGAAAAAGAAAAAGGUCAACUGUGAAAAAGAAGAAAAUCGCAAGUAAUGGACAUCUGGUGGAAAGUAAAAAACAAAACACAUCAGUUAGUUCAGAAGUGCCGAGGAAGAAAAGACCCUGGACAUGGGAAGAAGAUACACAACUAAAGUUAGGAUUGCGAAGAUUUGGAUCUGGAAACUGGACCAAGAUCCUGGAGCACUAUGAAUUCAACAAUCGUACCAGUGUAAUGCUGAAGGACAGGUGGAGAACCAUGAAGAAGCUCUGUAUGAUCAACUCUGAUGAUGAUACCUGAGAAAUAAAAAAUUUCAGAAGGCCACCACCAUAAAUGAAGGGGGAUAGACUGGCAAUAUUUUUCACAUUUUUAUGGCAACGUGUAGAUCAAUUUACUUAACUGCCAGAUCCAUCACUUUGAAACAUCUAUGUUUAUUCAGUGAGCUUUGAGCAAGACUUGUUAUCAGACACAUCUAGUAAGUUUCUCAUAUAUAGCAUUUAUUUGUACACAUUGUUUCUUCUGUUUAUCUAAAUUGUGUCUUGCAUUUUGUAAUUAAAUGCAUGCUUUGUGAAAUAUGAGGAUUGCAUACUUUUGCUGUUCUAUGUGCCAAGUCAGGGAGGAAUGGGGACAUGCGCAGCUACAUUUUGAUAGUCCCCAAAUCUAUCCUUUUGUCAACAACCAUUUCACAUUACACUUUUGCCCCACCAGUAUCUUAAUGAUGCAUUCCUUAAAAGUAAUGCAGAGAUUAUCAAGGCAUAACUUUUUUUUUCAAUCUUUCCCAGAAUUUGAUGUUCAAGCUUAGGGAAUGGGAAGCGAUUUAUCAAAGAUUUGCAUAUGCGAGAGCCUGUUUAGACCUAAGCCAGCUCCUGGGUCCUGAAGAGUGUAGUCUUUUACACGAGAGCCUAUUGGUCUGUUUUGUGGGAAGUGCUGAAUAUUCUAUUUGGUGUUUGUCAUUUAGCAUAGAAUUUGCAAUGAAAAGUUCACACCAUGUUAUAAUUGAGUGGCAUGUUAAAAAUUAUUUUACCUAAGUAUCUCAACAAAAUGGCAUUUUAGUAAUAUUGGUAUAAAGGAACAUGUUGGCGGUGAUGACCAGAUAGAGAAUAGUGAUAAAAGUAAAACACUGUGGAUGCUGGAAAUCUGAAAUAACACAAAAUGCUGGGAAAACUCAGCAGGCCUGGCAGCAUCUGUGGAGAGGCAAACAAGAGUUAAUUUUUUGAGUCCGUAUGUCGCCCCUUCAGAGUAGAGAAUGGUGAUUGUUUGUUUGAUUUUGUGAAAUGGGGUAUGAAAAUAAUUUGACAGUCUUACAUCCUAUUAAAAUGUUAAACUUAAAGCCAGGAGAAUAGAGUUCAAACAUUAAUCUCAAUGGCUAUUAUUGGAAGAAACCUUUAGGAUGAAUUUUACAGGCUCCUAGUUUGGUAAUGAUGAGACAAAAAAAACUGGCAGGACCAGUUUUACUCCAUAAAGUUGUGAUAGCUUCUUUCAGAGUCGUAUGAAUCAAAAGUGAUCUGUGACAAUGUCUGCAAACCCUGUUCAAAUCUUCCCCUAGUUGAAAGAGAAACCUUGUCAGUAGAAAAAAAGUUCUAAAUGGCCGAAAGGUGAAAUGUUGGGAGUUCAGGGUUUUUUAGGAUUCUCAAAAUUUUUAUUGGAAUCUCAAAAAUGAUUCUCAAACUUUAUGCAUAUUCCACAUUGUGAUGCAGUUUAGCUGCACAGUGUAAAUCUAUUGUGUACUUUAUGUGCAGUAAGAAGACAGUGUAACCCUGGUGUUUAUUUGUGUAAUUGCAGGAGUGCUAACUAUAGGGAGGGAAACUGAAGAGCGGCAACUUGAGACAAGUUGCCAAAGCUUUUAUUGAAUUACAAGCUGGUACUUUAAAUUUUGGGGGAGAAGAGGUUUUUUUUAAUAAAAUGGUAGCAACAUUGUCAAGUUCCAGUAUCUGUAUAUGUUGUGAAUAAAUGUUUUUCAUGAGAUCAGA